CCCUUAAUUCAAACAUGAAAUAAUUUAUCCAUGCGAAUAUACGCUCGUAAUUAUUCUUGCUCGACCUAAUGAUCGAUAGAAAAUAAAGCAACACAAAACGCUAUCUAUGAAGAAAAAAAAAUCUUCUAAUAGAAACAACACGAGUUUCGUACAUUUAUAGUUUACAAAUUACCAGUACGCUGAACUUGCACCAUCGUGAUAAAGAAAAUAAUAACAAGUUGCCGAGGUCGUUUCAAUUAAAAUUUCCUUCUAUCAAUCGAUAUCGUAUAACGAAGAAAGCUAGCAAUUUUAUGGAACGAAAAGUGUUUCGUGAAUGAAAACAGCGAUAAACCAGCACGAAAAUGCGUCCGAAGUAAAUUCUCAUCGAAAAAAUUCAAACUUUUCGAAUUUACCAUUCGAACAUCGCAGUUGACGGUACCGCCGAUAUCUUUGAGUCGAAUGUUAAAGUUAACCUUGUUCUUGGCCUAGUUUGUCAGUAACGAUGCAGGGGAGGAAGCUCGAUAUUUUCAAGGGAUGAUACCCGGAUAAUGGAACGAAUUCUCGGCGCGAGAGAUUUCCACAGAUAUUUUUUUGGUGGAAUUGCGUCGUGCCUGGUCUACAUUCGAAGACGUGGUGUCGAUUCGACGACGUAUACGUCCAGCGAUGCAAAAAUGCCAACGGCGUACGUAAAUAUCCUGUAACGUUAAUUGCGUGACGUAAAAAAAAAAAGGAUUUUAUGAAUUAUAAGAGGAGUUGCGAAACAUCACGAGCUCGUACGAGCGUGCUGUUUCCCUGGAUGCGUGAUAAUUUACGCGCUAUGAACACAAUAACUUGAGAAUCGUCACCCACGUAUUUCCAAGUUUUCAGGUUAAUCAAGAGGCACAUGACAGAUAUAGAAUUUUCCCGCCGAUUUUCGAAAUGUCACAUUAUCGUUGUAUUCGCCUGAGCAUCGCAUUGUUAUUGAUUUCUCGUUAAUCUGUGAUUCAAAUUCCAAUAAUCUUGGCUAAAUGAAAUUUAACGAACUCUUGGACAAGAAGAUAACUCUGGUUUAUUCCUAUUGGAUAAAUACCGACCGAUAACUCUUCUUACAAAGUAGUUUUAAACUAUAAAUACUUAUUCUAUCAGGCGCAGAGUUACCGAUAUUAUCCAUGCAGUUCUAUGUAGAUAUGAUAGACAAAACCAAGAGUUGCAGAGUGUUAGUGUAUCGGUCAUUAAGGUGAAUAUAAGUUUUGAUACGUAUCAAGAUGGCAAUUGGAAGUAUUAUCUGUGGAGCCAGUACUCCCAAAAUGAAGAGAAAAAAGGCAAAGGCAACCGAACGCAGCUGGAUAGAGGCGACUUUUCAAAAAAGGGAAUGUUCAAAAUUUAUUCCAAGCGCUAAAGAUGAGCACAGGUUUAUGCAAGUACACGGAGAUAAGAAUGCAGAGUAUGAUGUGAUCACCACUUCCAGAUGUUGUUGUGGAUAUUCUUACACUCAUCACUGUGGGACUGGAGCAGACGUACAAAGUUUUACUGCUAGUAAUACCAAAGAGAAGGAUCGAGAGCAAUGGUCACCCGGUAAAAAUACGCGACCAUUUCCAACCGAUGCGUACGGAACAAUUGAAUUCCAAGGUGCGCAUCCAACGAAAGCACAAUAUGUGAGACUAGCUCAUGACACAAGGCCAGAGCCGAUAGUACAGUUGCUGUGCAGGGAGUGGAAUUUAGGUUUACCGAAGCUACUGAUUACUGUACACGGUGGUCGUCCCAAUUUCGAUCUUCAGCCUAGUUUAAAGAAAGUUUUGAGGAAGGGUUUAUUGAAGGCUGCUAAAACAACUGGCGCAUGGAUAUUCACGGGUGGGACGAAUACAGGUGUAACAAGGCAAGUAGGAGAUGCAUUGCUAUUAGAGAGAUCCCAAAGACAAGGACGCGUCGUGAGCAUAGGCAUUGCUCCAUGGGGAAUUUUAGAUAAAAGCCAUGAACUCGUGGGCCGAGGAGGCGAAAUACCUUACGAUUGCGUUUCAUCUCCAUGGACCAAAUACGCAGUCCUAAAUAACCGACACGCAUAUUUCUUACUGGUGGAUAAUGGAACCGGUGGACGGUACGGCGCAGAGAUCGUGUUGCGCAGAAAAUUAGAAAAAUAUAUUUCCAAUUUGAAAUUACAGCCGUAUACGCAUAGCAGCAUUCCUGUCGUGGCGUUAGUCAUCGAAGGAGGAACGAACACGAUACGUUCAGUUUUGGAGUACGUUACGGAUGAUCCGCCUGUUCCUGUAGUAGUUUGCGAUGGCUCGGGUCGCGCAGCUGAUCUCAUCGCUUUCAUGCACAAGUACGCGUCCGACGGUGACGGAGAGGGGGGAGAAAACGAGGGACCAUUAGAGAGUAUGAGGGAACAGGUGUUGGAAACGAUCAAGCGCACGUUCAAAGUCACUUCCGAACCGGCGUGCCAAUUAUACUCGGAACUUCUGCAGUGUACGCGUAAGAAGCACUUGAUAACGGUAUUUAGGAUAACCCAAGAUCGCCCCCAAGAGCUCGAUCAAACGAUACUGACAGCUUUAUUCAAGUCGAAACAAUUGUCUCCAGCCGAACAGUUGUCGCUAUCUCUAAUUUGGAACAGAGUGGACAUAGCGCGCAGCGAAAUAUUCGUGUAUGGACAAAAAUGGCCACCGGGUGCUUUGGAACAAGCGAUGAUGCAGGCUUUGCAACACGACAGGAUCGACUUCGUGAAGCUUCUCCUGGAGAACGGGGUUUCCAUGCGAAAGUUCUUAUCCAUUCCGCGUCUCGAAGAGCUAUACAAUACCAAAGAAGGUCCUUCGAACACGUUAGGCUACAUCCUGCGAGACGUGCGACCGAAUAUUCCACGUGGUUACAUGUACACGCUGCACGACAUCGGGCUCGUGAUAAAUAAAUUAAUGGGCGGCGCGUACCGUUCCCAAUACACUCGCAGAAAGUUCCGUUUGAUUUAUACCAAAGUGAUGAAGAGAUCCGGAGCCCAUCAGCAGCACAUGCAUCGAAACAGCUACGUGUGGGGUAACGCUACGCGUUACUACGCCGGCUCUGGUAACAAGCAAGAGAGUUCGACGAUAAGUCUACUCGCGGAGACGUUGCCAGCUCAUCCCGAAACGCCUCUCUUCGAGUACCCUUUCAACGAGCUGCUCAUUUGGGCUGUUUUAACGAAACGUCAGCAAAUGGCGUUGCUGAUGUGGCAGCACGGCGAGGAAGCAUUGGCCAAGUCGCUCGUCGCCCUCAAGUUGUACAAAGCCAUGGCUCACGAAGCUGCCGAGGAUGACCUCGAAACGGAAGUGUACGACGAGCUACGAAACUAUGGAAAGGAAUUCGAAAAUAUUGCACUGGAAUUGUUAGAUUAUUGCUAUCGGCAAGAUGACGAUCAAACGCAACAGCUACUCACUUCUGAACUUCAGCACUGGUCUGGCCAGACGUGUCUUUCCCUAGCUGUCACGGCUAAUCAUCGUCCCCUUUUGGCGCAUACUUGCAGUCAGAUUAUCUUAGCUGAUCUGUGGAUGGGCGGUCUUCGAACAAGGAAGAAUACAAAUUUGAAAGUCGUACUCGGACUGGUCUGUCCAUUUUAUAUAGCGCGUUUGGAAUUUAAAAGUCGCGAAGAGUUACAGUUAAUGCCACAGACUCAAGAGGAACACUUGAUUGCCCUCGAGGAUGAGAAGGAAGACAGUGAUUCCGAGCAUGGUGCGCCAACUGGUCCCGAUGUCGAGAAACGUCAGCGCAGGAGCCUGAGCGUACGCAACAAAUCCAGCAGCCAACAAGGCGCUAAGUUAUCGUCAAGGAAAACUUCUGUUUAUUCAGUAUCGGAAUCUGUACCGGCUUUGAUUAGCAACGAACACACCACGGCAGUAGUAAAGGAAACAAUCGUACAAGAAAAUGGGAAAGUCCUGACGGAUAACGACGACGGUGUUCAACGUUCGUACGACAUUCACUCUGAUUAUUACGAUAUUAAAACCAGCAGGCCACUACGACUGAAGAAAAAGUUAUACGAAUUUUAUACAGCACCUAUCACAAAGUUCUGGGCAAAUGCUAUAGCGUACAUCAUUUUUUUGGUUCUCUUCUCGUACUGCAUCCUUAUACAUAUGGACGAUCAUCCGUCGCUGGCAGAGAUUUACGCGAUCACGUAUGUUUGCACGCUGGGAUGCGAGAAAGUACGCGAGAUCGCUACGUCGGAGCCAGCCACACUUUCGCACAAAUUUAGCGUGUGGGCAUGGAAUAUGUGGAAUCCUUGCGAUGCAGCGGCUAUCAUUUUUUUUCAAAUUGGUCUAGCGUUACGCUUGCGACACUCUACUCUCGACAUCGGUCGUGUCAUCUACUGCGUCGAUUGUAUUUAUUGGUACCUACGGAUAUUCAAUAUCCUCGGUGUAAAUAAGUACUUCGGUCCUUUGGUCACCAUGAUGGGAAAGAUGGUGAAAAAUAUGAUAUACUUCGUGGUGCUUUUAUUAGUCGUGUUGAUGAGCUUCGGAGUCACGCGGCAAGCUAUUUUAAAUCCCAAUGCUGAGCCUAAAUUAAAAAUUAUUCGAGACAUAUUCAUGGAGCCAUAUUUUAUGUUGUACGGAGAAGUAUACGCGGAUAAUAUAGACCCCGAUUGCGGAGACGAACCAGGAAUGAUACCAUGUCUUCCAGGCCGCUGGAUCACACCUGCCGUAAUGUCCGUUUAUCUCUUAGUCGCGAACAUUUUACUGAUAAACCUUUUGAUUGCGGUUUUUAAUAAUAUUUUCAAUGAAGUAAACGCGGUGGCGCACCAAGUUUGGAUGUUCCAACGUUUUACUGUCGUUAUGGAGUACGAACAGAAACCAGUUUUACCUCCUCCACUCAUUGUAGUUUGUCACAUAUAUCUGCUGGUGAAAUAUUUGCUGCGAUAUGUGACUCAAGGGAAAGCGAGUGCGGGUGAAAUAAACGACAACGGGCUCAAGUUGUUCCUUGAGCGCGACGACAUGGCGCGCCUAUACGAUUUCGAAGAAGACUGCGUCGAAGGAUACUUCCGCGAGCAAGAGCUGAAGCUGCAAAUGUCCACGGAGGAGCGCGUGAAGGUUACAACGGAGAGGGUCGAGAAUAUGCAUCAGAAGAUAGAAGACAUCGAUAAGAAGGAGCACACUCAGAACGCUUCGCUUCAGGCAGUGGAAUUCCGUAUACGUAAGCUGGAAGAGUUGAACGAGCAGACUCUGGCUCAUUUGGGGGUCAUACAUCGGUUCAUGGCGACGCACAUGCCCAACAUAGAAGCCCUAUCUGGUUUCGACGUAGAAGGUCGCGUGCGCAGGGUAUCGGAACGUUCGGAAGUUCUGUCGGAGACAGACUCUCAUACGCAGCUACCGACUAUCACGCUGAAACGUAAGAGGCUCGUACGGUCGUUGACCGAUGGCACGUUCCUCAAUCUAGGUCAGCCAUUGGACGACGACGUUCUGAAACAGUCAGAGGCAGUCGCGUCUCGCGAGAAUCUGAGCAGAAACGAAUCGUCCGUGAGCGGAGAUGGACACGGUCAGGAUGACGUGAAAACGACAACGAGCCAGGAAACGGAAGUGAGCAAAGGAGACGGCGAAGGGGAAACGAUAAAGAAGGAAUCCCAGUCGGGGAGCAGGGAACUGAGCAUGGAUCCCAGCGGGGACCAGAGCAGAGAGCCUAGUAGCAGAGAGUUGAGCACAGACCCUAGCAGACAAACCAGCAGGGAACUGAGUAGAGAUACCAGUAGGGAUGCCACGAGCAGAGAGGCUACGAGCAAAGAACCUAGCAGAGAGGCGAGCAGCGAGGCGCCAGCCUCGGAACCAACCAGACAAGAUUCCACGGAACGUCCCACUCGACAGAACAGCAGGACACGUUCAGAGUCCGACGACGUGAUGGCUCCCUCUGGCAUCGCGAGAGGCGUGACCUGGGCAGAGCCACGAGUCGCGGUAAUUCCAUCCGUGUCGUCGACGAGCAGCACUCAACGCUCGAUUCUUCUGGCGAUGCGAGCAGAAUACACGAGCAUAACGGACGAACUAGAAAGUUACUGCGGACUCUUGAGUCCACCUCGAACGCCACCUAUUUCUCCGCCGCCUUCGAGAGCCAGACACCACUCCGGGAUGUCUAACGCAGAGAUGGCUUGGCAAAUCGAGAACGAACACCUGCGCGAUGCCGAGGAAUGCGAUUACCAACAGAUGGAGGAUCUGAUACAAAGAAGGUACAUAGAGGACGACGACGAACCUCUGCAUACCUCGGACGAAGCGAGCGGCGGCGGUCCUUUCUUCGUAUCGAACGAACACAGACACCAGCUACGCAGAGCCUCUGCCAUCGACGAAGAAUCUCGCAGGCCCGCGCCUACUAUCAGUGUCACGAGAGAAAUCGAACAGACGCUAUCGAGGCCACCGAUUCGCGACUCCGAGAGCUCCGAUCCCAACGACAAGAAUUUGAAUACCGUACCUGCUCCUGCUUCGGAGACCAUGUGCUGAAUAUUAUCCAUAAACGCUAAUCUAACUUCGACAUACGUAUAAAUUGAUCAGGCUCGACUGCGAGCUGAUUUCUAUCGAGCGAUUUAUACGCCUAACAAGUGCUCGAUUCGUAAGAAAAUUGUGAUGGUAAUUAAGGUAAGCCGGUACGAGUCGAAGUAGACUCGUUAACAAAGGCAUAGUUUACAAUCGAAAUCUUUACCAUGCUAAAAAGUAACGAAUUUUAAAGUUCAAUUUAAACAUUUUUAUUUGUAUCUUAUUCGUACCUUUUGUAAAUUUGAUAUGCUUAGUAUGAAGGUUAUCAUCGCGAUUCAGAGAUGGGCGAAAUUUAAUAUUCGCUUAAUAACGAUUAGACCGAAUUACAGGAUGAAACGAUACUUGGCGUUGGACGAGCGAAUAAGUCCCAUCGCCAGGUGAAUUACCGUCUAUUAUCCGAAUGUAAUCGCGCCCAUCUCUGCCCAUAAACGUCGUCGAAUCGAAUGCUUACUGCGCGUUAUUUCAAUUCGCGUAUCAAGAACGAGUACGCUGUGAACAGAUUUUUAGCUCCAAUUUUUUCUUUUUUCUGUCUUUCUUCUUUUUUUUUUAAACAAUGUUUUAAACAUAUUUCUUUUUUAAACUAAUAGCUCAAUUACUUUUAUCUUUGAGUACUUGGCGUAUUGUACAUAUAUGCACAUAAAUUUGUAUAUACAAACGUGAAAAUUAUUCGAUUAACUCGGCUAUUCGAGAAUUGUACAUUGCAAUUUGUUGUCACGUAGCUUCCUUUUUCGUUUGAUCGUUUUUAGCAAUUUUACAUAACUAUAGGGCAACUUUUAAUUCGUAUGUUAUGCACGUCCGUGGACAAUUUUACAAAUUAUUUAUAAACCUAGUACAAUCAUAAAGGAAAUCGACUCUUGCGAUUAGCGUUUCAAAUACUCAAAGAAAUUGUACGGAAAUGAACGUCGCACGAUAUUACACGUUCAUCGCUGUAAUUUAUUUUUAAAACUUUCAGCUUUCUAACGCUUCCAAUAGCAAACUAAUUUUAUAAAUGUCCGCUACGAUGUUAAUAAUAAUUUCAGCGUACAUAAUUAUAGCUAUAAUUUCCAUGUAUAUGAUCUAAUUAGCAGCCGGUAUCUAGGAAGUAUCCGGUGUAAAUGUACACAUGGCGAACAAGUGAAGAUAUUUUUCGAUUCUUCGCUUCGUUCACUCUGUCCGAUUGCUUGUUAAAAAUACUAUCAUCGACUUUGUGUAUCGUGUAGCGCACUCGAUCGUGUUCGUGCGCGGUCGAUCGCUAUCAACAACAUUAGGAUUUAUAAUAUACCAUAGAUAAUAUGUACGCGCACAAUAUGUUUAAUGCAAAGAAGGUCUCAGUUGCAACGACGUUGGUUAUGUUUCUUUCGAACGUACCGAUCGGUUCGAUACUUAUUUGCGCCUACUUGGAAAUUCCAAUUCGACGUCGCGGUACUUUCGACCAAACCGAUUGCGUUCCGAGGAGAUCUUGUGUUACCGUCGCUUACGUGAAACGUAUUUAAUGCACUAUACGAGCAUUUCUCAAGUUCCUUCCAUUUUCUAGACCGUGUACUUUUCAAUUUUAUAUGCACGUACAAUUUGUUUGUUAACGCGUGACAUCGCGCCGAGAGAAUGUUACGGAAACUGUACCGGCUUCGGGUGCAAUUUCAUUUUAGUGAACGUAGAACAAUCGACGAGCGAGGAUCGAGUGUACUCGAUGUAAAUAAUUUUCUGCUAACGAUGUGUAUGCAGCUUUGUUAUCGUUUAGGACACGUGCGAUAGCGUUUGUAUUAAAUCGAUACACGAAACUGCGGACCGAUUAAAGGUCGAUUCAGACUAUACGACACGGACCAGCAACGACACGACAAAACAUUCAAACACGCGUUUUAAUGGAACUAUUCACACUCAACAGACACCGACCUGAACGUUCCGUCAACGGGAAUAGCAUGAAUAGUUCCAUUAAAACGCGUGUUUGAAUGUUUUGUCGCGUCGGUGCCGGUACGUGUCGUUGCCGGAUCGUGACGGUCCGUGUCGUAUAGUCUGAAUCGACCUUUACUCGACUUUUCAUCGACGUUACAUGGGAGACCGUCCUGUCGCAGGUUUACCGUCGUUCCAAUACAAAUGGAAACGUGGAAUGGAAGACAUUAUCGAAAUACUCCGAGUGUAACGUCGCUUAAUUUUAACUCUUUGCUGUCCCGUGCCCGACUGUACUGGAAACGGAAUAUCUGGACUGCGAACAGUUAAAUGCAUCUUUUGUGCAUCUUUUGUGCAUCUCUUAAAGGGCAGUUUGCGUACUUGUAUAAUUAAUUUACGCGUUUUGUACUCGAACGAACAAUGCCUGAUAGAUAGAGGCGGCAGCCUCUCUAGAAUUAGAAAUUAGAGACCACUAAAGCCUCUAUCUUUCUCACGUAAUUGAAACGGCAAUUAGGUGUGAUUGUUCACGGUAAACUUCACCCUGGUCAGGUCUCGUAAUCUCCGUCAGAGAUUUUCUCUAAUAAAUGUACCGUAUACGUGGGAUAUUUAACCCUUUGCACUCGAGAGGUGACUCUCAGUCACCAUUAGGUUUCACGCAGCAAAUGUACGAUACCUAAUCUGCGAUACCUUUCUUUAGGUUUAAUUUCUUUGGAGCUCCAAUUGUCGAUAAAAGGAUUGUCGUCGAGGUGAUCUUGUUCUAAAAUCUAGAUAGCUUAGAAUUCGUGGCAAUUGAACGCUUAAGAAACAUCUCGAGUUGCUGGCAGAUACCAGAUAAAAAGGCCUCGAGUGCAAACGGUUAAUACAGAUUGCGCAAUUACUCGCGAACGAUUCGCACGCGUCUAUCAUGUUACUGCCGAACGUUUUUAUGAAUCUUUUGAAGUACAGAAUGUAAACGAAAGUAUUCGUCGCCGUGAAUCUUUGUUCCGGUUUCGAAACCGGAAACGUUCAAGUACUUCAAGACGCGUAAAUCGCGCCACGACGAAUACUUCUCUUUACACCCUGUACAUUUAGGGCCUUAUCACGCACUACCUUGCUGCGUCGAACACAGACUUUAAGGACCACGUAAGAAAUGCGAACCAUAUCACGCGGAUACGUUCCCUGGAACGAAGCCAAGCCUCGUGUUAGUACCUACGAUAAAAUCCACAAACUGAACAACAACAAAAAAUGAAAAAAAAAAGAGAAAAAAAAAGAAAACAGAACGUUUGAUAUUUGAAUCUAGAGGAUACGUAAAAAAGACACAAAAAAAAAACAACAACAACAACAAAUAACAAAUAGAAACGAACGGAUGCCUAAUAUAAAAGUGUACACAGUAGGCUAAAAUUUUCAGAUGGAAGAGAUGGCGUAGAGCGAGUACGGGCGAACUAAAGACUGUUCCAAAGGAAACAACGCUCUGUUAAUUAUUUCGUGGCGGAACGAACGAAAGAAUCGACGCGAAACUUUUCCCUGUCUUACUGCCUUAACCGAAUGCUGUUACCGUUUAAUAGUUCGAAGACGUUCGAUGGAGACAGCGACGAGCAUGUCACAAGAAUCAUUGUUCUUCUUGUCGCUGUCUUGUUACUGUUCGUAUCGAGUUAUAAGUGUUAGGAAUAAUAACGAUAAAUUUUAAGCUUGAAAUUAAAGGUGAGGUUUUAAGGGAGGGGAGAAUGGUCCAGCUAAUGUAUUUCUCUAAUGCAUAUAAUUUCCAGAUAUAAUUAAUGUUUGUUAUUGAAACUUUUUGUACGUUUAAAGGGACGUUCAAAGAAGACAAUUUGACAGUGUAGAUUUAAUUCGAAUGUAUACGUGUAUACUAUAUUGUAUGUAUAUAUACUAUAUGUAUAUACAUAUACAUGUAUAUGUAUAUAUGCUAUACAGAUAUGUAUACAUAUAUAGAUAUAGUAGUCGCAAGGAAAGGAUUCGGUGAAAACGUUCAAAUUAAAUUUACACUGUCAAAUUCCCUUCUUUCAACGUCCCUUUGUAUGUAAAACAAGUUGUAUGUAUAUGUAUAUAUACUAUAUAUAUGUAUAUAUGCUAUAUACUAUACAGAUAUGUAUACAUAUAUAGAUAUAGUACUUGCAAGGAAAGGAUUCGAUGAAAACGUUCAAAUUAAAUCUACACUGUUAAAUUUCCUUCUAUCAACGUCCCUUUGUAUGUCAAACAAGUUGUAUAUAUAUGUAUAUAUACUAUAUAUAUGUAUAUAUAUGUAUAUAUAUGUAUAUAUACUAUAUAUAUAUAUAUGUAUAUAUAUGUAUAUGCAUAUGUACACAUAUAUAGAUAUAGUACUUGCAAGGAAAGGAUUCGAUGAAAACGUUCAAAUUAAAUCUACACUGUUAAAUUUCCUUCUUUCAACGUCCCUUUGUAUGUCAAACAAGUUGUAUAUAUAUGUAUAUAUACUAUAUAUAUGUGUAUAUAUAUAUGUAUAUAUAUGUAUAUAUAUAUAUGUACACAUAUAUAGAUAUAGUAGUUGCAAG